AUGGCAAGUAAGAUCGAUCAUACACAUCCCCUGUAUCUGUCAUCUUCUGAUGUCACAGGUGCAGUUCAAAUUGGCAUUCAACUUGUUGGGAUGGAGAAUUACACUUUGUGGAGCAGGGCGAUGGAAUUAGCAUUGUUAACAAAGAAUAAAUUGGGAUUUAAACGGUGGGAUCGGUGUAAUGCAAUGGUGCUUUCAUGGCUUAUGAACAAUGUGAGCAAGGAGUUGAUGAGUGGGAUUCUAUUUCGUUCUAAUGCAGCAUUGGUGUGGAGUGAUCUGAAGGAACGUUUUGACAAGUUGAAAGAUCUGUGGGAUGAAUUUGACUCAAUUAUUCCCCCUCCAUCUUGUAAUUGUGAAAGAUCUAAAGAAUAUGUUGAUAGCAUGUUUAGACAGAAGCUUCUGCAAUUUUUAAUGGGCCUGAAUGACAAUUAUAGUCAUGCUCGAAGUCAAAUCCUUAUGAUGAAUACACCACCAACUGUUAAUCAGUGUUAUGCUAUGAUAAUUCAAGAUGAAAGUCAACGAGAGUUAAGUGGAGAUCAUUAUAACUUAGAGGGGCAAAUAGAUCCUACAGCAUUGUUCACUAGUAGAUCUGGAGGAAACAGUUUUGGUAGCCAAUUGGUAAUCGAGGUGGUAAUGUGA